AUGCCCGGCGGAUCUUCUCACCCUCACCACAAGAAGGACACUGUCCAGCGUUCGGGCCUCGUCUGGGGUGUCGACCGCGGCCACAAGACGGAGCGCCGCGUUCCCAGGGCUAAGCCUAGCAACCGCAAGGGCAGGUCCUCGCAGAGCAAGGCGGUGGUCAAGAGCGUCGUCAGAGAGGUCGCUGGAUUCGCGCCUUACGAGAGGAGGGCGAUGGAGCUCAUCAGGAACUCCAAGGACAAGCGUGCCCGCAAGUUCAUCAAGCGUCGCAUUGGCACCCUCCGCCGCGCCAAGGGCAAGAUGGAGUACCUCACCAACGUCAUUGCUGAGCAGCGUCGCGCCGGCCACUAA